UCCCAGAAGGGAGCUGCUGUCUGAGAAGGAAGCCGCAUCCUCGCUGCCAGCCAUAAGAGAAGGGGGAUCGCUCUGGGCUCCCGACGGACCCUCCCCAGGGACCCGCCUGCCCCCCGCCGCCCCGCCCCGCCGGGCGCUCCGCAUCAGGUUCCCCAGCCGCAGCCUUACCUGCCGGCUCCCGACUCCCCAGGGCUUGCAGAAGAUGCUCAGGCCACCGGCGGGGACCUCGAGGUCGCAGUGAGGGGGCAUCCGGCCCCCCAUUCAGCUCCCCUCCUCCUGUGCUAGGGCCUCCCCAGGGGGGCGAGCAUGGUGGUUUUCCCUUGGAGCCUCCUGGCUUGGGACGUCUGAGAAGAUGCCUGCCAUGAGGCUGUUCACUUGCUUCCUGCAGCUCCUGGCUGGGCUGGCGCUGCCUGCUGUGCCCCCCCAGCAGUGGGCCUUGUCUGCUGGGAACGGCUCGUCAGAGGUGGAAGUGGUGCCCUUCCAUGAAGUGUGGGGCCGCAGCUACUGCCGGACGCUGGAGAGGUUGGUGGACAUUGUGUCUGAGUACCCCAGCGAGGUGGAGCACAUGUUCAGCCCAUCCUGCGUCUCGCUGCUGCGCUGCACUGGCUGCUGUGGUGAUGAGAACCUGCACUGUGCGCCCGUGGAGACGGUCAACGUCACCAUGCAGCUCUUGAAGAUCCGCUCUGGGGACCGGCCCUCCUACGUGGAGCUGACCUUCUCUCAGCACGUGCGCUGCGAGUGCAGGCCUCUUCGCGAGAAGAUGAAGCCAGAAAGGAGGAGACCCAAGGGCAGGGGGAAGAGGAAGAGAGAGAAGCAGAGACCCACAGACUGCCACCUGUGCGGCGAUAUUGUUCCCCGGAGGUAACCAGCCCCUCGGAGGAGAGAGAGACCCCACACCCGGCUCGUGUAUUUAUUACCGUCACAUUCUUGGUCACCUCCCUGCUGGCACCUGCCCUCUAUUUAUUAGCCAAUUGUAUCCCUGCUGAAUGACUCGCCCCCUCCGAGAUGAGGGGCAGGGAGGGACAGGACCCUCAGGAAUUCAGUGCCUUAAACAGAACGUGAGAGAAGGAAAGAAGGCAGCCACAGACCCGUGUGUGCCUCAGCUUGGGAAGAAGCAGGACAUGUGGCUUUGUGAGGGGCAAGCCAGGCCCCAGGGGCCCUGGGGGUCUGCAGGGGGCUGGCGAGGGAAGGGGAGAGGGACCCACUGCCACUACUGGUCCUUGGGCUCUGCUCCGACAGGCGGCCUUUGUUUUGGGAGCUCCUGCCCAGAGUGGGGUUGGAGGGGCCUGCUCAGGCCACCACAGUCCAGCUGGGCACAAAGGCAGGCGGGGUGCGGGGGGUCCCACUGCUUCCUCCUGGCAGCAGCUCCGCACCCUGGAGAUCAGAACGUUCAGCUCUGGAGAACAGUGGUUGCCUGGGGGCCUUUGCCACUCCUUGUCCCCUAUGGUCUCUCCUCAUAUCUUACCACUGCUUGUACUGGGACAUUGUUCUUUGUGGCCAAGGCGUCACCAUCCUGCCCCUCUCAGGGACACAGGCCAAGAGUGGGCCCCAGGCUGGACAGGGAGCAAGCUGCCCCUGCGUAGCUGUCUGACUGCCAAGCCAGAUUCUCUUGAAUAAACUAUUCUAGUCUGGAAA